UGCUCCCCGGGGGAGGUCAGGCCGGCGGUAGCGGAAGCUUCUCCCUCCCUCCCGGCGUCCCGGAACAAGCCCCGCCGUCGCCACCGCCUCCUGCCCCGGCCCGCCGGCAGCAUGUCAGCUCCCGGCGCCGCCUCCCGCAGGUGACACCCGCCCUUCCGCUGCCGCUGCUUCCCCUCCUAUAUGGGCCACCUGCUCUCAAAGGAGGCAAGGAGCCUAAGCCGGGAUCGCCGCCGCCCACGGGGGAAAGCGCCUCCGCCGCGCAGCAGGAGCUGCUUACUGCGCGGGCCCUGCAUGCUCUGCUUCAUCGUGCACGGCGCCAGCCCGCCCGCCCCGGAGCAGCCGCUGCCCGCCGGGGACCCGCUGCUUCCGCCGCCGCCGCCGCCUUACGUGUCGCUGACCGCCGCGGAGCAGCGCGUCGCCCGCCGCCUCCUGCGCCUGGCGCCCGCCGCCUGGGAACCUCCGGGCCACUGCCAGCGCCUCUUCGUCUCCGGCCUGCUGCCCUCGCCGGUGCUGGGCCUCCUGGGGCCGCCCGGCGAGGUCUCCUCCGAGAUGGUGUGCAAGCGCAAGGGGGCCGGGCUGCCCGCCUGCCCGCCCUGCAAGCAGCCGCGCUGCGCCGCCGCUGAGCCCGAGCCCGGCGCCUGCCAGUGCCCGGCGGAGCCGCAGCUGCUCGCCCUGCCCGGCGUCGCGGGGGAGAGCGGCGGGGGCACCGCCGGGCUGAGUGGCGGGGGACAGCCCGCCUCGCCACCGCCUCCCGCGGCUCAGGACGAGAAGGAGCAGGGCCGGGAGGAGGAGAAGGAGCGAGGCGGCGAGGCGGGCUGCGAGGAGCCGCUGGAGUACCCCGGCGACAGCUGCCGGGAGUUGCAGCCGCCACCCACCCCGGAUAUAAACCAGCUGCCGCCUUCCAUCCUCCUCAAGAUAUUUUCCAACUUAUCUCUGAAUGAACGUUGCCUUUCAGUGUCAUUAGUCUGUAAAUAUUGGCGUGAUCUCUGUUUAGAUUUUCAGUUUUGGAAGCAACUGGAUCUCAGUAGUCGUCAGCAGGUCACUGAUGAGCUGUUGGAAAAAAUAGCAUCAAGAAGCCAGAAUAUUACUGAAAUCAAUAUUUCUGAUUGCCGCAAUGUAUCUGAUACAGGAGUAUGCAUAUUAGCAAUUAAAUGUCCUGGGCUCUUAAGAUAUACUGCCUACAGGUGUAAACAGCUUUCUGACACCUCUAUUAUUGCAGUUGCCUCUCAGUGUCCUCUUCUUCAGAAAGUGCAUGUGGGCAAUCAAGACAGACUCACUGAUGAAGGACUGAAGCAGCUCGGCUCAAAAUGCAGGGAAUUGAAAGACAUACAUUUUGGGCAAUGUUACAAGAUCUCAGAUGAAGGAAUGAUCAUUAUAGCUAAAGGCUGUUUGAAGCUGCAAAGAAUAUAUAUGCAAGAAAACAAAUUAGUAUUUUUGUGUCUGCAGAACAAUGUCUACUUGCCAUUUAGCAAGAGAUUUUAAGUUUGAAGAUGGACAAGGAAAUGCUGCUUUGAAAGAAGUCAAACUUCAAUGCAUAAUAAAAGGCAGCAGGCAGAUCAAAUAUUUAGGUACUGUGGAUUAUGAAUGUGUGCCUCAAUAAAUUGUUCUUUCAAUCUGGUAAUUCUGUUAAAGACGUU